UAUUAAUAUCAACAAUAUAUAAUAAUGUAAUUAGCAAAUUAAAAACUAAAAUUUAAUUCAAAUUGGCUUUGUCGAGCUAGGAUUCAAAUUUAUCGCAUUUCGUUCGCGCUUAUUCUCGUGUAAUGAUGAUAACCUAUACGCUGUCUAAUAAGUACCAACAACUUAGAGUAAACUAAUUAGCCAAUUCAAUUUAAGAACCAUUCCAAUUUGGCUUUCUGGAGCUAUGUUUUAAUGCAGUUCGUGCUUAUUGUGUGUGUGAUUAUGAUGACCUAGUGAUAACCCCAAGUGUGAUUGUUUUCAACAAGAACACACGAUCUAUUUGAAAAGUCAUUCAGAUCCAUAAAGACACACUACAAUACGAAUGUGGUGCCUGUACUUGAUGGCAUUAUGCCUCGCUGUGUGGAAUGUUGACAGCGCGCGCAUUUUGGUAUUCCAAGUGAGUGGUGCAAAGAGCCACACUGUUGUCAUGGAGCCUCUGUUUGAGGAACUUGCCGCCAGAGGCCACCAGCUCACCGUCUUUACUUGUUUUCCACACAAAUCACCAAUACCAAACUUACGAGAAAUCGAUGUGUCUCACAGGUGGCCACGCACUGUCAGCAAUUUUAGCAUUGGUCUAAUCAAGAGCACUAUGUCGAAUCCCUUCAAAACUUCGAUAUUUAUGAUGGACAUCGAGUUCAAUGUGUGUAAACACGUCCUGCCAGACGAGAAUGUCAAGCAAGUUUUCGAAUCCACUGAACAUUUUGACUUAGUCAUGACUGAAACGUUUUCUGCAGAUUGUUUUGUCCCCUUCGCUUAUAAAUUUAACGCACCUCUAAUCUCCUUUGUCACUAGUAGUGUUCUGCCGUGGCUCUCUGAACGGACUGGUCUUCCAGACAACCCCUCUUACAUUCCAAAUUAUCUCUUAGACCUCUCUCCAAAUAUGAGUUUAUAUCAGAGAAUAAACAAUUUUGUUGUUCAGGUGUUUGCCAAGUUGGUUCACAAAUACUAUGCAAUUCCCAAAUCACAAACCUUGAUCACCGAACACUACGGCUACUCAACUCCACAACUUCACAAACUUAUUCUAAACACUUCACUUCUGUUCGUGAAUAGCCAUAUUUCUCUAGGUCAAAGUCGUCCAUUUCCCCCCAACGUUAUUGAGAUUGGAGGCAUUCAUACAAGUAAACCAUCAAAGAAAUUGCCAAAGGACCUGCAGAGAAUUCUAGACCAGUCACCACAAGGUGUAAUUAUGGUGAGUUUCGGUUCGCUGGUCCAAGUAUCCUCCAUCCCUGAUCACGUGAUCCGUAUCUUCUUGAAGGCGUUUUCUUCAUUUCCCCAAACAGUCAUCUUCAAGUAUGAAUCUAACCUUCCAGAAGUUCCAUCAAACGUAGUGAUAAGGAAAUGGCUACCUCAACGGGAGAUUAUUGAACACGAAAAUGUUAAGGCACUUAUAACUCAUGGAGGAUCAGCAAGUACUAUAGAGGCAGUUCACUUUGGUAAACCUCUUAUUGGGAUUCCUAUAUUCGCCGACCAGUAUUUUAACAUAAAAGCAAUAGUUGAACGUGGAGCUGGCGUUAUGCUCAGUUUGGAUAAUAUAUCAGAAGAAGCUGUAAUAUCUGCGAUUCAUACUGUCUUAAAUUAUAACAAGUACACAGAGAACAUGAGAAGGCUGUCACAGCAGUUCCGAGACCGACCGAUGACGCCGCUGCAGACGGCAGUGUACUGGACAGAGUACGUCAUCAGACACCAGGGAGCGCCACACUUGCGGCCGGCCUCUGUCAGUCUGCCACUCUACCAGUACCUUCUCCUUGAUGUCAUCAUCGUCUUACUUACGCCUUUUCUUAUUUUUUACUGGUUCGCGAAACUAAUCUUUAGGAAAAUGCGUUGUGAUUCGGCCAAAGAAGUCAUUAACUCCUCGAUACCAAGGGUUUGCUUUAUUAGCAUUGCUGUAGUUAUAAUUAUUGCGCUCGGUGAUAACUACAAUAGUACUUACCUUUGUAGCAGUGAAACAGUUUGCACUCUACUGUCUGCGCUCACUAAGAACAAGAUACAGAUGGAAUCUUUGAAACUGGUGCUAUUAUGCCUUCUACUAGCGAGGAGUGCUGGUAGUGCUCGCAUCCUGGUGAUGCAGGUCAGCGUUACCAAAAGUCACAGCGUUACCAUGGAGCCUCUGUUUGAGGAACUUGCCGCAAGAGGCCACCACCUCACGGUCUUCACGUCCUCUCCACACAAAUCCGCAAUACCGAAUAUGACAGAGAUUGACUUAUCCCACAAAUGGAGACCUGUGAUCAGCAAUUUCAGCUUAGAUUUGAUUAAGCAAGAAAUGUCAAGCCCUUUCAAAACGCCAUUUUCGAUGACAAACCUUGAGCUACGCAUGUGUGAAAAUGUUCUUGCCAGCCAUCAGAUCCAGAGUCUACUUGCAUCUGAUUGCAAAUUUGACUUAGUCAUAUCUGAAACGUUUACAGCUGACUGUUUUGUUCCGUUAGCUCGUAAAUUUAAUGCUCCUCUAAUAUCCUUCGUUACGAGCAAUACUCUGCCAUGGGGUUCCGACCGAGUAGGACUCCCUGAUAACCCCGCUUAUAUACCAAAUUAUCUUUCGAAUCUAAACACAAAUAUGACUUUAUAUCAGAGGAUCUAUAACUUUGUUCUGUUGACAUUUGCAAAAUUUGUAAACCAGCAUUAUGCCAUGUCUCGAUCACAAAAUAUAGUUAAUAAAUAUUUCAGUAACUUCAACCCACCUUUGGGCGAAUUAAUAGUUAAUACUUCUCUUUUAUUCGUGAACACUCACUUUUCCCUCGGUAUUAGUCGCCCAGUCUCGUCUAAUGUGGUGGAAGUCGGUGGCAUCCAUAUGAGAACGACAUCUUCACAAUUAUCCAUGGACAUACAGCAGAUUUUGGACCAGUCAUCGCAAGGCGUCAUUCUGGUGAGUUUUGGGUCACUGAUUCGAAUCUCCUCUUUCCCUCGACACAUGAUCAGUAUGUUCUUACAGGCUUUCUCGACAGUAUCUCUGACAAUUAUAUUAAAAUAUGAAGACGAUCUGCCAGAGGCUCCUCCAAAUGUUGUGAUAAGAAAGUGGAUACAUCAAAAAGAAAUUAUUGGUCACAAGAAUGUGAAAGCUUUUCUAAACCAUGGCGGAAUGGGCAGUAUCAUAGAAACUGUUUACUACGCCAAACCUAUUAUUGGCAUACCAUUAUUUGCCGAUCAGCAUCUUAACGUGAAAGCAAUCGCUACCCAGGGGGCUGGCGUUUUACUAGAAUGGGACACUCUAUCAGAAAAACGUAUACGUACAGCUAUUAACAAUGUUCUCAAUGAUUCCAGUUACACGGAGAAUAUGAGGAGAAUAUCGGAACAGUUUCGGGAUCGGCCGAUGACGCCGCUGCAGACAGCAGUGUACUGGACAGAGUACGUCAUCAGACACCAGGGGGCGCCACACUUGCGGCCAGCUUCUGUCAAUCUGCCGCUCUACAAGUACUUGUUACUUGACGUUAUUGCUGUUUUGGUCCUGCCUUUUCUGGUUUUGUUAUAUUCUCUUAGUUUUCUGUAUAAAAAAAUAACGGAUAAUAAAUGAUAAAAGGUAAAAGGUAUAAAAAAAUAAUUA